AUAAUGAAAUAUACAUUGUUCGAUCAUCUCUUUCUGCAUGUAAAUUCUUGCUAUCGAACAUUACGUUAUUGCACGUCUACUGCAACUACAACUGAAUUAUGCAACUACAAAAAACUAGCAGAUUUUCCUGCAAUUUUUAAACCGAAAGAUGUGGAAAAAGGCUGGUAUGACACCUGGCAACGUAAUAAAUACUUUGCAUCAUCCAGGAAAAUGAGGAGGACAAGCAAUAGUACUCAAGAAGAAAAAGAAGCCAAAGUACCUUUUAGUAUGAUCUUACCACCGCCUAAUAUUACAGGAAUAUUACACCUAGGUCAUGCACUUACUGUUAUAAUCCAAGAUGUUUUGGCAAGAUGGCACAGAAUGAAGGGACAUCCAGUAUUGUGGAUACCAGGUCUAGACCAUGCGGGAAUUGCAACACAGGCGAUAGUGGAACGUACAUUGCAACGUACACGCAACAUUACACGAUAUGACAUGGGCCGUGACGAGUUUACACAAUUGAUCUGGCAAUGGAAGAUGGAGAAGGCUGCAGUUAUCAAACAGCAGUUGAAAGCCCUCGGCGCUACGCUUGAUUGGGAUAGAGAAUACUUUACCAUUGAUGAAAGUCACAGUGCAGCAGUGAUGGAAACGUUUGUACGGCUAAAUGAGAGAAAUCUGUUAUACAGAGCCAAAGACCUUGUUAAUUGGUCACCGGCGUUACGCAGCACAAUCUCAGAUAUCGAAGUCGAGGAUUUUGUCGUGAACGGCAAGACGCGGCUCCAAUUACCUGGCUACAAUAAUAAGAUCACUGUCGGCCAGUUGAUCAAGUUGGCCUAUCCAAUCAAAGAUUCAAAGGAAGAACUGAUAGUUGCAACGACUAGGCCUGAAACAAUUUUUGGAGAUGUAGCAAUUGCUGUGCAUCCAAACGAUGACAGAUAUUCGCGAUAUAUUGGUCGAUACGUUUUACAUCCAAUAAGAGAGACCUUUAUACCCAUCAUAGCUGAUUCUUCAGUCAAGAGAGAGUUUGGCACUGGUGCAGUGAAAAUUACACCGGCACACGAUCGCUUAGACUAUAACAUCGCCAAAAGACAUGAUUUGCCAGUUAUUAGCAUUAUUGAUGAAAGUGGCAACAUGACAGAUGCAUGCAAGGAAUUCAAGGGAGUGCCGAGAUUCAUCACACGGAAAAGACUAAUGGACCAACUAUCCGUACGAGGUUUAGUGAAAGGUGUGGAAGAUAAUCAUCGGAUGACACUGCCACUAUGUUCGCGCACACAUGAUGUGAUUGAGUAUUUGCCAAAGGAACAGUGGUUCUUGCGCUGUACGACAAUGGCCAAGCGAGCGCACGAAGCCGUGGCGAAUGGUGAAUUAAAAAUCUAUCCAAGUGAGGACGGCAUUUACGAACAAAUGUGGUACAACUGGCUCGAAAAUCAUAAAUAUAGAGACUGGUGUGUUUCAAGACAGUUAUGGUGGGGACAUCGCAUUCCAGCAUAUUCCAUAAUUCAUGGUGAUGGUAAAGAUAACGAUGAUGAUGUAUUCUCUGAUAGUAAUAGCACCACUUCGUGGAUAGUCGCACGAUCCGAAGAAGAAGCGCGUUCUCGUGCACAAGAGAAAUAUGGAAACACAGUGAAUUUACGUCAGGACCCAGAUGUCCUUGACACAUGGUUUUCUUCAACAAUUGUGCCAUUUACCACGCUUGGCUGGCCAGAAAACACGGACGAUAUGGCAAGAUAUUAUCCGUUAACACUGAUGGAAACGGGCCAUGAUAUUCUCAUGUUCUGGGUGGCGAGAAUGGUGAUGCUAAGUCUGGAACUGACACAGCGUUUACCAUUUAAAGAAGUUUUACUUCAUGGUGUCUUGUGUGAUGGCAAUGGCAAGAAAAUGUCAAAAAGCUCCGGCAAUGUCAUCUCGCCAGAAAACAUUAUCAAUGGUUGUACCUUCGAAGAACUGAACGAGCAAGCAAGACGUAGUCACGCAGCAGGUAUUCUUAGCGCUGAAGAAUUGAAGCGAACGCUGCGUGUUAAUACAAAAACGUAUUCCACGGGAAUACCAGAUUGCGGUGCCGAUGCCUUGAGACUAUCAUUAUGUACACGCAAUAUUAAAAAUCAUACUAUUAGUUUUGAUGUAGAUGAUUGUCGGACAAGCAAGUAUUUUUGCAACAAGAUCUGGCAGGCAAGCAAAUAUGUAUUAUUAAUGACAAAGGAGGAUCAAGAACGAUAUGAAAAUGUAGAAAAGGAAAGUCUGAAUGACUUAGAUCGAUGGAUCCUCAGUCGAUUAUCAUGGAUGGUUGAAACAGUAAAUAAUUCGUUUGCCGAACGAAAUUUUCAUAAAGCGAUAACCGCAAUUCGUCAAUUUCUGUAUUAUGAAUUUUGUGAUUUCUAUGUGGAGAGUACAAAAUUUGGGUUCAGAAGCGGUAAUUCCGCUGGGCAUUCCAAUACUCUUGCGAAAUGCUUGGAAGUAUCAUUACGCAUUCUUGCACCUGUAACACCCUACCUGUCGGACGAUUUGUAUAUAAGACUUGCCAAGAAGGGACUACCAGGAUUUCUGUCGGUCACCUCGUUGCUCGAGACUUCCUAUCCUAUGCCAUACGAAUUCAAGCAUCUGAGAGAUGUCGAGUUGGAGGAAAGGAUACGCGAACUCAUGGAUGUAACAAAUGUGAUUAGAAGUUGCAUGGCAAACGUAAGCAAAAAAUCAAAUCCAGAAGUUAAUAUUCUGGUUAACAAUAUUCGCAAUUACAAUUUUUAUCGGGAAAAUGUAAACCUUAUCAAAGGAGCGAGCAGAAUCUGGAACAUGCCUAUCCAUUUAACAGAAUCAGUGAAUGAUGGCAAUUUUAAUAGGAUGAUAAAAGACAAUAAUUCCGAUAGUAACAGUGCUUGCACCGUCCAAUAUAUACAUACGAAUGAUUGCUCAUUACUUAUUACAGUUAUGGAUACGUCGGUGUUGGAACAAGUUAAGAAAAAUAUAGCAAAGAAGAAUAAAUCAGAAAGUACGUGCUAAAAGAAAGAAUGUUAAAUAUGCGUGCAACAUUUAUAUCAUUUUCACUCCC